GCCAGAGCGGAGGCUGCGUGGUGCUGUAACCUGCGAGCAGGGGAUUGGAGGAGCGUGGAGGGAGCCAACAUGGCGGCGUCCAUCAGCACUCUGUGAAUUAGACUCAGGGCGACGUUACAGCGCAGCGAGUGGGGGGGGGACCUGGGUCACUCGGAAUCCCCGGCACCGUGAUUACACCCUGCGGACACUAGGGGCGCUCUAAGGAGACAGAGCUGUGCCUGCAUUCACCGGGAGAGCGGAGGAGGGGCGGGGAAAGGAGCCCCGGAUACAGCGCGGCUCCUGGUUGGUAACGUGCUGCUCUCCACUAUAAGUGCAGGCCUCCAUGCAAAAUGAAUAUAGUUAGAGAGAACAAGGAUCUGGCUUGUUUCUUCACUACAAAGCAUUCCUGGAGGGGGAAGUAUAAAAGAGUGUUUUCUGUUGGGACACAUGCUAUAACCACAUACAACCCUAAUACGCUCGAAGUUACAAAUCAGUGGCCUUAUGGAGACAUUUGUGGUAUCGGCCCUGUGGGCAAAGGACAAGGAACGGAAUUUGCCCUUACUUUCCGAAAGGGCAGCGGAAAAAAAUCUGAAACAUUAAAAUUUUCCACAGAGCACAGAACAGAACUUCUUACGGAAGCCUUGCGAUUCAGAACAGACUUUUCUGAAGGAAAGAUAACUGGAAGGAGGUACAACUGCUAUAAGCAUCACUGGAGUGAUACAAGAAAACUAGUCACUCUGGAAGUGACUCCUGGGGGCAUUGAUCAAAUUGACCCUACAACCAACCGAAUCCUCUGCUCGUAUGAUUAUCGAAAUAUUGAAGGAUUUGCCGAAGUCUCUGACUACCAAGGCGGCUUCUGUAUUGUGUAUGGGGGCUUUAGUCGACUGCAUUUAUUUGCAACUGAGCAGAGAGAUGAAAUAAUUAAAAGUGCCAUAGAGCAUGCUGGGAAUUAUAUUGGCAUCACCCUACGGACAAGAAAAGAACCUGUAGAGUUUGAACAUUUUGUCAGUCUUCGUUUGGGGAAAUACAGCAAUGAUGAAUCCAUCACCUCAUUAGCCGAAUUCAUUGUUCAAAAAAUCACACCUAGGCAUUCGGAGCCAGUCAGAAGAUUGUUAGCCCUUACUGAAACAUGUCUGGUAGAACGAGACCCAGCCACCUAUAAUAUAGUAACUCUAAAACCACUAGGAGAGAUAUUUGCACUUGUAUAUGAUCCUGAGAGUCCACAACUUUUUACCAUUGAGUUUAUCAAAGGACAGAUUCGGAAAUACUCCUCAACUGAAAGAGAUUCAUUGCUGGCAAGCCUGCUAGAUGGAGUCAGAGCGUCGGGAAACAGGGAUAUUUGUGUCAAGAUGACCCCAACUCAACGAGGGCAACGUUGGGGUUUAAUGAGUGUCCCUGUAGAUGAAGAAGUAGAAAGUCUUCACUUAAGGUUCUUAAACACACCUCCAAAUGGGAUCUUUGCUGAUGCAGUAUUUAGAUUUAAUGCAAAUAUAUCUUACAGCGGAGUUCUGCAUGCUGUAACACAAGAUGGACUCUUCUCUGAGAACAAAGAAAAGUUAAUUAAUAAUGCGAUAAUAUCGUUGCUUUCGCAAGAAGGAGAAGCAACCGCAUCAAAUGCUGAACUUGAAAGCCAAUUCCAGGCAGUCAGACGAUUAGUGGCUUCAAAAGCUGGGUUCCAGGCUUUCACUCAACUCCCAAAGUUCCGUGAACGUCUUGGCAUAAAAGUAGUAAAAGCUCUGAAAAGAAACAAUGAUGGAGUCACUCACGCUGCAAUUGACAUGCUGUGUGCCCUUAUGUGUCCUAUGCAUGACGACUAUGACUUGAGGCAAGAGCAGCUGAACAAAGCGUCCCUUCUUUCUUCAAAAAAGUUUCUGGAAAACCUGCUUGAAAAGUUCAACUCCCACGUGAAUUAUGGGACAGGUGCGCUUGUUAUCAGUUCACUUUUGGACUUCCUCACCUUUGCCCUCUGCGCUCCAUACAGCGAGACAACAGAAGGACAACAGUUUGACAUGUUAUUGGAGAUGGUAGCGUCUAAUGGCCGGACCCUCUUCAAGCUAUUUCAGCAUCCUUCCAUGGCCAUUGUAAAAGGAGCCGGCUUAGUGAUGAAGGCUAUUAUAGAGGAAGCAGAUAAAGAAAUAGCAACCAAAAUGCAGGAACUUGCCCUCAGUGAAGGUGCCUUACCUCGACACUUGCACACUGCUAUGUUUACAAUUAGCAUUGAUCAAAGAAUGCUAACAAAUAGGCAGCUGAGUAGACAUUUAGUGGGCCUUUGGACAGCCGACAACUUAACGUCAUUACAUUUGCUGAAACGGAUUUUGCCCCCGGGUUUGCUGGCAUACCUGGACAGUUCGGAUCCGGUUCCUGAAAAGGACGUAGACCGAAUGCACAUCAGGGAUAACUUGAAAAUUGCUACAGACCAAUAUGGCAAAAGUAACAAAGUCCCAGAAUGGCAAAGAAUUGCUGGGAAAGCUGCUAAAGAAGUUGAAAAAUUUGCCAAGGAUAAAGUGGACAUUGUUUUAUUGCACUGGAGGGAUAGGAUGGGAAUUGCACAAAAAGAGGACAGAAAUAAUAUGAAUGUUACCCAAAAGCCUGUCAUACUUAGAAAAAGAAGGCAAAGAAUAAAGAUUGAAUCCAACUGGGACCUUUUUUACUACAGGUUUCACCAGGAUCAUGCACGGUCAAAUCUCAUCUGGAACUUUAAAACUAGGGAAGAACUGAGAGAGUCCUUAGAGUCUGAAAUGAGAGCGUUCAAUGUAGAUCGGGAACUGGGAAGUGCCACAGUAAUUUCUUGGAAUCACCAUGAGUUUGAGGUGAAGUAUGAAUGCCUAGCAGAAGAAAUUAAAAUAGGAGACUAUUAUCUGAGAUUACUUUUAGAAGAAGAUGAAAAUGAAGACACCAGUGCUAUAAAGCAAUCGUACGAGUUUUUCAAUGAACUUUAUCACCGCUUUCUUCUCACCCCAAAAGUGAACAUGAAAUGCCUCUGUUUACAAGCGCUGGCUAUUGUAUAUGGGAGGUGCCAUGAAGAAAUAGGGGCGUUUGGGGACACUAGGUACAUUGUUGGAAUGCUUGAGCGGUGUACAGACAGGCUGGAGAGGGAUCGGCUGAUUAUAUUCCUGAACAAGCUGAUACUAAAUAAGAAAAAUGUAAAAGAAGUUAUGGAUUCUAACGGUGUAAGGAUACUAGUAGACCUCCUGACAUUGGCACAUCUCCACACCAGCCGGGCCACUGUACCUCUGCAAAGUAAUGUCAUCGAAGCAUCUCCUGACAUGAAGAGGGAGAGUGAGAAGGAGUGGUAUUUUGGGAAUGCUGACAAGGAAAGGAGCGGUCCAUACAGUUUUGUUGAGAUGCAAGAGUUCUGGGCUAAAGGAAUCCUCAGUCCAAAAACCCGUUGUUGGGCUCAGGGUAUGGAUGGCUGGCGACCUCUACAAGUAAUUCCUCAGCUAAAGUGGUGUUUGUUGGCAAGUGGACAGGCUGUGCUGAAUGAGACCGAUCUUGCCACCUUAAUACUUAACAUGCUCAUCACCAUGUGCGGAUACUUUCCUAGCAGAGAUCAGGAUAAUGCCAUCAUUAGACCAUUGCCAAAGGUAAAGAGACUGCUGAGUGAUAACACCUGCCUACCCCAUUUUACUCAGCUUUUGCUGACGUUUGACCCCAUCCUGGUUGAGAAGGUUUCCAUAUUGCUCUAUCACAUCAUGCAAGACAACCCACAGCUGCCUCGUUUCUAUCUCACCGGAGUGUUCUUCUUUAUUAUGAUGUACACUGGUUCCAACGUGCUUCCUGUAGCAAGAUUUCUGAAGUACACCCACACUAAACAAGCAUUUAGAUCGGAAGAGAGCAAAGGACCAGAUAUUUUUCAGAGAAGUAUUCUUGGCCAUAUUCUUCCAGAAGCCAUGGUGUGCUACCUUGAAAAUUAUGAGCCUGAAAAAUUUUCAGAAAUCUUCCUUGGAGAAUUUGAUACUCCAGAAGCCAUAUGGAGCAGCGAGAUGAGGCGACUCAUGAUAGAGAAGAUCGCUGCCCAUUUGGCCGAUUUCAGUCCUCGUCUCCAGAGCAACACUAGAGCACUUUAUCAGUACUGUCCCAUACCAGUCAUCAAUUAUCCUCAACUGGAGAAUGAGUUGUUCUGCAACAUUUAUUACUUAAAGCAUUUCUGCGAUACACUCCGCUUUCCUGAUUGGCCCAUUAAGGAUCCUGUGAAAUUGCUGAAGGACACUCUCGAUUCCUGGAAAAAGGAGGUAGAGAAAAAGCCUCCUACCAUGUCUAUAGAGGAAGCUUACGAAGUCCUUGGGCUUCUCAAGGGACAUGGCCAGCAUGAUGAGAGCAAGAUAAGGAAAGCAUAUUUUAGACUCGCUCAGAAAUAUCACCCAGACAAGAACCCAGAAGGAAGGGAUAUGUUUGAAAAAGUCAAUAAGGCAUAUGAGUUCUUGUGCACAAAAUCUGCCAAAAUUGUGGAUGGACCAGAUCCAGAAAAUAUUAUCUUGAUUCUCAAGACCCAAAGCAUUCUUUUCAACAGACACAAAGAAGAUCUUCAGCCUUACAAGUAUGCAGGUUACCCCAUGCUUAUUAGGACCAUCACCAUGGAGACAAGCGAUGAACAACUCUUUUCAAAGUUGUCUCUGCUGCCUGCUUCAACGGAGUUGGCUUUCCACACUGUUAACUGCUCAGCACUUAAUGCAGAAGAACUCCGAAGAGAAAAUGGCAUAGAGGUGUUACAAGAUGCCUUCUCUCGCUGUGUUUCAGUAUUGACUGGGUCAAGCAAACCAGAUGACAUGCCUGUGCAGGUCUGUAGCCAUAUAUGUAAGUGCUACAGUGUAGCAGCUCAGUUUGAGGACUGCAGAGAGAAGAUUACAGAGAUGCCAAACAUCAUCAAAGAUCUUUGCAGGGUUCUGUACUAUGGCAAGAAGGUCCAAAGACUGGCUGCUCUGGCAGUGGAAUGCGUCAGCUCCUUUGCUGUGGAUUACUGGUUGCAGACACAUUUGUUUCAAGCAGGGAUUUUGUGGCAUUUAUUGGUCUACCCUUUCAACUAUGACUUUACUUUGGAGGAAAGUGGAAUUCAGAAGAAUGAAGAUACUAAUCAACAGGAGGUUGCCAACAGUCUUGCAAAACUAAGCCUUCUUGCCGUUAGCCGGCUGGGUGGGUAUUUAUCUGAAGACCAAGAAACACCUGAAAAUCCGUCAAUCAGAAAAUGUUUAGCUGGCAUGCUCACUCCGUAUAUUGCAAGAAAACUCUCUGUGGCGUCUCCUCCAGAGAUUCUGAAAAUGCUUAACAGUAAUACUGAAAGCCCUUAUCUAAUAUGGAACAACAGCACAAGGGCAGAGAUUUUGGAGUUUCUUGAAUCUCAACAGGAGAGCAUGGUCAGACGGGGGGAUUGUGAUAAAAGCUACGGUGCGGAAUUUGUGUACACAGAACACUCGAAGGAACUCAUUGUAGGAGAGAUAUUUGUACGCGUGUACAACGAGCAGCCUACUUUCCAACUUGAAAUGCCGAAAGCAUUUGCUGCAAGCCUUUUGGAUUAUAUUGGGUCCCAAGCACAAUACCUCUAUACAUUAAUGGCCAUGACGCAGACUGGGAAAGUGGAGUCUGAUCAGCAUGUAGACAGGCUGCGAUGGGUGGAGAUGGCACUGGAAGCACUGAGGAAUGUAAUCAAACACAACCCUGGCUCAGAGACUGAAUGCAUUGGGCAUUUUAAAUUGCUGUUUUCUUUACUGCGAGUCCAUGGAGCUGGCUCAGUGCAGCAACUUGCUUUGGAGGUGGUUAACAUAGUUACCAAUAAUCAGGAGUGCGUCAAUAACAUUGCGGAAUCUAUGGUCCUCUCAAGCUUAUUAUCUCUUUUGCACUCACUGCCAACAAGUCGUCAGCUUGUUCUUGCAACUCUCUAUGCCUUGACAUCCAGUACAAAAAUUAUAAAGGAGGCCAUGGCAAAAGGUGCUUUAAUCUACUUGUUAGAUAUGUUUUGUAAUUCAACUCAUCCACAAGUUCGAUCCCAAACUGCUGAGUUAUUUGCCAAGAUGACUACAGACAAGCUUAUUGGCCCAAAGGUCAGAAUUGCUCUAACAAAGUUUUUGCCCGGUGUUUUUAUGGAUGCAAUGCGAGACAACCCUGAAGCUGCUGUACAUAUAUUUGAGGGAACACAUGAAAAUCCAGAGUUAAUCUGGAAUGAUAAUUCCAGGGAAAGGGUUUCUACGACUGUCCGGGAAAUGAUGUUGGAGCACUUUAAGCAACAAGUGGAAAACCCUGAUGUAAACUGGAAGCUCCCAGACGAUUUCACUGUAGAAUUUGGAGAGGCACAUGGUGAACUCUCUGUGGGUGGUGUCUUCUUAAGGAUUUUCAUUGCACAGCCGGCUUGGGUGCUCCGGAAGCCAAGAGAGUUUCUUGUUGCUCUUCUGGAAAAAUUCACUGAGCUGCUAGAAAAGAAUAAUGCACAUGGGGAAACAUUAGAAACGGUGACCACGGCAACUGUAUGUUUGUUCAGUGCACAGCCUCAGCUAUUGGACCAAGUCCCACCCCUGGGUCACCUUCCCAAGAUUCUGCAGGCCAUGAGCCACAAGAACAAUGCCAUUCCAAAGUGUGCGAUAAGGGUUAUCCACACAAUGUCGGAUAAUGAGCUUUGUGUCCGUUCAAUGGCCUCAUUAGAAGCAAUCUCACCAUUGAUGUGUGGUAUGAAGAAACGUUCCGACAUCAUCGGGUUGGCUUGUGAAGCACUUAAUAGGAUGUUCCAGAAAGAGCAAACAGAGCUAGUGGCACAAGCGUUGAAAGCUGACCUGGUUCCAUAUUUACUAAGGUUACUAGAAGGGCAGGGCCUUGAGAACCUGGAAAGCCCUGCAUCCACUAAGGCGCAAAUUGUUAAAGCUCUUAAAUCAAUGACACGUAGCUUGCAGUAUGGAGAACAGGUAAAUGAAAUCCUGUCUCGCUCUUCUAUCUGGAGUGCCUUUAAAGAUCAGAAGCAUGACCUGUUCAUUUCUGAAUCACAAACAGCAGGAUACCUCACUGGACCUGGAGUUGCUGGCUACCUUACUGCAGGAUCUUCAUCAACUGUCCUGCCCAGCGUACCACCACCUGUAGACCAUGAAGCUGGCGAUCUUGGCUAGAUGUGCAGAAUCUCCACCCAUGAAGUUCCAAAAGGCAUAAUAGCCAAUUGUUGCACGAGGGAGAGCACACAAUCCUUCCCUCCCACUGAGGUUGAUUUGAAAGGACUUUAUUUUCUGCCUUCCUUGUUUUACGACAAAGUGUUAUUCUUUUUUGUAAUAAAUAUAUUUUUAUUUAGGGAUAUUAAAAAGAAAAAAACAAUCUGGGAUGUGAUUCUGACGAAGUAUCAUCACUAUGUAACAUAAACAUGAAAGCACUCUGUGGAUCAGUUGUCUGGUUACACAACCAUUUUGGGUUAAAUUGUUUUGUUUCUUUUUGUUCUGUUUUGUACGUGAUCACAUUCUGUUCCUUUUUGUAUUUGUUUACAAGACUGUGAAUCAAAAAGCAUAAUCUCCGUUCUCCGUUUUAUAUUCCAUGGAUUUGCAGGACUGUGGAGUAAAAAAAAAAAAAUCUGAAGGGCAUUUUUGUCUCCCAUUUUCUUACAUGUUUAAUGUGGUUGGGCUUAAUGAACAUUACAUACAAUGUUCUUGCUCGAUUUGUUGUAUCCUUUAUAAUUCAUUAACACUACCUUAUCAAGAAUGGAAACCAGAAGAAAUUCCCGUGUACAGCAUAGCUUUACCAAAUAAUAAAAAAAAGAAUAUCUGCGUGAAGAAUAAAAUUAAAAUGUCAGCCUGUUAUAUAAUGGUGUAAUAAUCACACUAUUCGUUCAUUAACCAUUACUAUAGAGCUUUCUAUGAAUGUACAUUAUACAGAUCAUUCAUUGUUGUACAUACAUUUUAAGAAAAUAAAGGGAAUUGACAACCUUGUUAAAAAGAUCUUUGUCCCACU